AUGUCGGACAGAGAAGGCCACUCUGGCGCUCCUCCUGGCGACGACGACCUCUCACUGCCGAAAGCGACGGUGACGAAGAUGAUAGCAGAGCUAUUGCCCGACGAUGUGACAUGCGCGAAAGAAACGCGCGAUCUGGUCAUUGAAUGUUGUGUAGAGUUCAUACAUUUGAUAUCCUCGGAGGCGAACGAAAUAUGCGAACAGGAAUCAAAGAAGACAAUAGCACCAGAACACAUUAUAUCUGCUCUCAAGCGGUUAGGGUUCGACAAAUUCACGGCAGAAGUAGAAGAUGUUCUGAAAGAUCACAAGCAACAGCAGAAGGACCGCGAGAAGAAGGUUUCGAAAUUCGAACAAUCAGGCAAGACGGAAGAGGAGCUCCUCGCUAUGCAAGAAGAAUUAUUUGCUGCAAGCCGUGCCAAAUUUCAAUCGGGCCAAUAA